AUGUCCGAAGUCUUCGGCCCAUACUUGCCGGACUGUGAUGUUGUUCGCUGGGCUGAGCGCUUGAAACAGGUCCUCACCGAAAAACACAACCCUAUCACCCGUUCGAAAACCCAAAGUGGCUUCCACCUUCUCGACUACACUAUCGUCUACAAAAGAAGAUUUUUCGAGGGAAAGAGCGCGUACGAGACAUGCAAAUUCGUGCACAAGGACUACAAUGAUAUCAUCAUUCUCGUCGGCUGCGAUACAGAACCAAGCACUGGAUUACCAACAGCUGUGUUUUUGGACGCAAGAGCGCACGAAUUGUGUGCUGAGACUGGCUCAAGGUUGCCGCCUGAUAAAGGUCUAUAUGUUGCCAAGGUGUGGCUGGGACACGUACACUUUUUCCGGGCUGUGCGUUCAUUCGGCGGCUCUUUUGCAAUGCAUCCCAUUGUUAGGGGGGACAGGUGGCUACUGGAUGGAGAUGCCGAUUUGGUUUAUGAUAUCUUGAAUGAGAUCAGAGCGCAGUUUGGCUUCCAUUCUCUCCAUGAACCUUUGGUGCGGUUGAGCUCGCUGGAGAAUUACAAGGUGUUGGAGGAGACCUCCAGGAUCAUGCCCGAGAUUGGCUUGAAGGUUGAUUAUGGCGCUUGA